CUUUGCUUCCGUGAGUAAAGAAGCACUGGUUCAGUCAGAGCAGAGCAGCCAAACGUUCAGAGUUUAGUGCGCUGUGCAGAGGAGAGGGCACCAGCGUUAUGGUCCAGUUGGUAUCUGUCAGGGGCCCGGGAGAUCCAUAUGUAACCAACACUUAAGAAUGUUAAAAUGUCCCUCCACGGGUUCACCCUCCUCCUGCUCUGUCUCCUGCCUGUGUGGAGAGUCCUGACCCUAGUGACCAUCCGUCCUCCACUCCCCCUCUGCCAAAUGAUGCAGAAUACAGCUUUGUGUAACCAACAGGAGCUCUCCUCCCUGGUCCCUCUGGACCUGCCCCAAAACAUCGAGGAGCUCCAACUCAACUACAACCGCAUCACAACACUACAGGACCACUCUCUCGUCCAAUAUCCUGCGCUCAAGACACUUAGCUUAGCCUGCAACGAUCUAGAGACAAUACAACCAACAGCUUUUCAAGACGCCCAUCUGCUAACCAGUCUGAAUUUGGCAAAUAAUAAUCUUUAUGUUGGAUUUCAAGAAAGCAGCAUAGCAUUAAAUACUUUACAAAGCCUUAAAACUCUCGAUCUUUCUGAGAAUAAACUGGAUGAGGAAAUGGUGGUUGUCCUGCUUGAAAAUUUAACAACAGUGGAGCACCUAAACCUUUCUGGAAACCUCAUGAAGCGAUUGGAUGAAAAUAUCUUCAGUCGUCUUUAUAAUUUGAAGGAACUGGACUUGCAAAGAAAUGUUUUAUUUGAGAUUGACAAUGCGUUUCAUAGCAAUAACAAGCUCCAGAGGCUGAACUUGGCUUUCAACUAUCUUCCAUGCCUCAUGGACUUCCAUCUGACGAAGUUACAAGUGUUGAACGCAAGUCAUAACUUUAUAGACUGGUUUAUUUCAAGGCAAGAUCUUAAUGAAACUUUUCAAUUAGAAACAUUGGAUCUUUCUCAUAACAUGCUACUAUUUUUCCCCUUUCUUCCAAGCCGUAGCCACUUACAAAACCUGUAUCUAUCCUAUAACAGAUUAAGUUUCUACGAACACUUGGUGGACGAUGCAAAGGACACAAACUUGACCACUACUGUUGAGUUUUACAAUCUGAAAAACUAUGCAGCCAAUGUCACAGCUCAACUAUGGACGGAGGAUUUGCACGGGGAUGUUUCUUCUUUGCAAAUUUUGGAUCUAAGAGGAAAUCGUGUGAGCUAUUUUCCACAAGGAUUUAUUCAAAAAAUGCCUCUUUUGUCAAGACUUAAAAUGUGCAUCAACUGUUUGGAGACAUUAAACUUCACUUCUGAGGGGUUUUCUGGGAGAUUGUAUGAACUAGAUGUGAGCAGGAAUAGACUCAACCAUAUACAAGCAAGUGAAGAUACAUUGACUGCACUUGGGAAUCUCACAUAUUUUAAUCUGAGCCAGAAUAAUUUAACUUUUCUACCUACGAGAUUAUUUUCAUCGCUGUUAAAUCUAAGGUCUGUGGAUCUUAGCUUUAACAAUAUAGACAUUUGCCUUGCUGAGCCUGCAAAGAAUUUCUCACAUUGCGUAGACUGGAAAAAUUUAAAAAACUUAAAGCAGCUUUAUUUAAAAAGUUGCAACAUCAAAAAUAUUCCUAAUUCAGCGUUUUUCGGAAUGACUCUUUCGCAUUUGGAACUGUCUGAAAAUUCAGGACUAAACAUUGCACAAUCGAUACAAUCUCUAAGGAGAACUUUACAACAUUUGGGUCUGGGAAACACGAAAAUCUCAAAUUUGGACCUUUCACACUUUGAAAAUUUGAAAUCCCUGAACAUCUCAAGCAACUCUCUUUCCAAACUCCCAAAUUCUGUUUCGCAGAUCGGUCUUAAGAGUCUUGAUUUGAGAAACAAUCUUUUAUCAACCAUACCACUGGACCAGGCUACUUCUCUGGCCCGUACUCUUACUACAGUGUACCUAACAGGAAAUAGGUUCAACUGCUGCCAAACAGACUUUUUCAGGACAUUCGAAACACAAAAGACAAUGUACAUAGUAGAUCAAUCGGAUAUAGAAUGCGUUGAUAUUUUCCACAGGACGCAUAUUGUAGAAAGCUUAGACCUAUCCUUAUGUUUAGUCCAGGAAGAGUCCAUAUUCUGGUAUAUAAUGUUAUUUGUGCCAGUUUGUGUGUCUUUGUUGGGUAUUUCUGCUGUUGUUCUACUCACGGUGAAGCCAAAUGUGUUAGAAAAAUCUAUCAAAAAGAGAUGUUUGAAACCUACACCCUACUAAUACUUUAUAAACCAAAAACACUGUAUUUAUAUGAUAUCUGUACUUUCCAUUGUACGUUUUGUGAACUGAUUAAAAAUGUGACGUUAUUUUACAAA